CAUCAGACACAGAGAAGUUCAGAAACAGAGAACUAUCCUUCACGGACCACUGAAGAGAGCAGCAGCCUGACAUGAUGGCCAUGCCCUUUAUGUGCUGCACCGCCCUCUGUAUCAUUGGAUCUCUCACCACCAUCCUUGCCCUCCCAACUACCGAGCCGCCACUGAUCCAUGACCACCCCUUUGUAGCUAUAUGGAACGCCCCUACCGAGCAUUGCCGACAACUUGAAAUCCCCCUGGACACAGCAGCCUUCCAGGCAAUGACCACACCCGUCUCCAAGCCUGGUCAAUUCCUCACCAUCUUCUAUGAAGACCAUCUUGGCCUCUACCCUAAAGUCAACACCGUUGAACGCAAGAUCUACAGAGGUGGAAUCCCACAAAACGGCAACCUGACAGAACAUCUAGCCAAGGCCCGGAGUCAGAUAGACCAUAACAUCUACCAAGAUUCUUCUCCUGGACUGGCUGUCAUUGAUUGGGAGUCCUGGCGCCCCCUGUGGGACCAAAAUUGGGGAUCGAAACGUAUUUAUCAGAAACUGUCUAUCACUCAUGCCCUGCAGAUGGCCCCAUUUUUAUCAACACAGCAAAUUUCCAAAGUGGCAAAGAAACAAUUCCAGCAUGCCAGCCGUUACUUUAUGGAGAGGACCAUCAGUCUUGGCAUCGGUGAGCGCCCGAACCGCCGCUGGGGCUACUACUUGUUUCCUGACUGCUACAACUACGACUGGAAGAAGUCUAAUUACACAGGAGAGUGCUCUGCGAAGACUCAGAAGCAAAAUAACCAGAUGCUGUGGCUGUGGGAGCGCAGCACUGCCCUAUUUCCCUCCAUCUACCUCCACUCGACUCUGAAGAACUCUCCCGAGGCGGCACUUUAUGUCCGCAACCGUGUCCAUGAGGCGAUGAGGGUGGCAAUGCUGCCCAAACGUCCGUACACAGUGCCAAUCUACGUCUACUCUAGGCCACUGUACAGGGAUCAGACCCAGAAGUUAGAGAGCUUGAGAGACCUGGUGAGCACCGUGGGAGAGUCUGCAGCUCUGGGGGCUUCAGGGGUCAUAAUGUGGGGAGGAUCCAAAGACUACAACAACAAGGUUGCCUGUGAGUCUCUGUCCGAGUACCUGACGUCUACCUUGAACCCCUACAUUGCUAAUGUGACGGCGGCCACCAUGCUCUGCAGCGAGCUCCUUUGCCAGGGGAAAGGCCGCUGUGUCAGGAAGGACUACAACUCCUCCCAGUAUCUGCACCUGAACCCCACCUACUUCCGCCUCCUGCGGUCCAACAGGAAGUACGUGGCGAUUGGUCUACCCUCCUCAGCCGACCUUGAUGCCUGGGCUGGAAACUUCACCUGUCAGUGCUAUGCAGGGGGGACCUGUUCCCCAAAACUGUCCCAAACGAUCGAGAUCAAACAGAUUUGGGUUUAACUUGUGAGGAGAGUCAAAAAACAUAAUUAGUCAUAGAUAAUUAAUCAGCAUUUGAUCAAAUCACAAGUUCUGGUAUUUUAGAGAUUUCUUUCAAGAGGGAGAUAAGGUCUAGACUCUAGACCUUCAAUCACUCACACAGAAAAUUUUCCCUAACGCCGGGUUCACACCGGAAGCGGAAGCGACGCCGAAGCGUGGCGUAAGCGCUUCAGCGUCCGGUGUGUUCAGCACAACGAUUUAACAUGGGAGUGGAUGGGAGCCAGCUGUUUUUUUAGGGCUUGGCGCUGCGCUUACGCCACGCUUUGGAGUCGCUUCCGCGUCCGGUGUGAACCCGGCGUAAUGUGGCAUUAACUGCUAAUAUCGUUAUUUCAACUAUGCAAACAACAAGACCAAGACCAGUCCACAUCAAUAACAAUUACAUGUCAGAGACGAUUCUGAAAGUAAUAGAACUAGAAUGGCCAGCAGUAGAGCAUAUAACCCUGCCAAGGCCCAACAGUCCCCAUUAAUCCAAUCAAGCUGCACAAAAUGUCAGAGUCAUAGAUAUCAGUUCUCUUAAUAUGUCUGAUUGCGUUCAUCAAGAUCUGGGAAUUAUUCCCGAAAGAGAAAACAAACAUUUUUGAAAAUCCUCACAAUAUUAAAGGAUGACCUGGUUUCUUCCAUGGCCCUUCCACCGAUUUAAUUUUAUGUUAUUCUAUAUUAUUCUAUUUUCUUAUAGCUUAUUUCAUUUGAACUACUGGUAUUCUGAUGUAUUGAAUGUAUCUGUCUUCUUCUUGUACCUAAUACUUUGUGAAGCUCUUUGGUCAACUUGUCUUACAUGUGCUAUAUAAAUAAAGUUGACAUUG